AUGGAAGUUAACGAGAAACAGCCAUGUCCGUCACCGUAUCUGCAGCCUUUCAAAGACAUUUCAAAUUUCAAAACCCCAAAACGCCAUUCAAAUGUCCCCAAAUUUACUUCUCCUAGCCCUCAAUUCUUCAGUGCUUCCAAACGAACCCCAAUGUCUUCUUCCUCCUCCUUCCGUCCUUCUUUAUCAGGAAGGUCCAGGCCCAAGCCUGCUACAACCACGGCCCGGAGAAGACUCAAGGCGUUCGAGAUCGAGCAGUCACAGUCGUCACGAAAGGCAGAGAUUAAGAAAGAACAGUCGUUGAAAUCACUGUCGAAAUCUCUUACUACUUGGCUGAAUUUCCUCUUUCAAAACCCUAGUGCUUGUGGGUGUUCUUGUAAUUUCAACCCUGUGGUGGGGUCCAGUGUGGUGGUGGGGUUGGGGAAGAGGGAUGGUGGGGUGGCUGGGGUAGGUGACACAUGGAGGAGUCCGAAAAGGAGUAGGGAUGUGACGUGGCAAGGAGGAGGAGGGGGUGGGGAUGAUGAUGGUGACGUGUUGAAUUUGAAGAGGUAUGGGAAAUUGAAGGAGGGAUUGAAGGAAGUGUGUAGUGUGGAGGAUUUGAUGGAGAGAAUGAGGGUGUAUUUGAGUUUGGGAUGUUGUAAGGAAGUUUUUGAUGCAAUGGUUCUUGUUGUUAAGACUAUAUAUGAAGGGAGGUUGAAAAUGAGGUCACAUUGUCCCAUCGUAACAGAUGUUGGCAUGAAGGAGAAAGCCAUGCGAAUUCUCAUGUGCUAUAGCCCAGUUUGGCUUCGAAUUGGAUUACAUAUUAUUCUUGGUGGUGAUUCCUUGUUGCCCAAUGGAGAUGUUGAUUCUGAUCAAGAAAUAUCAUUCUUGAAGAUGGUGAUAGAGAAACAGUUUCUUUCUCAUGCUGGACUAGCAAAAGCUUAUGCUUAUAACAGGAAGGUUGAAGGGUUAUAUAGACCAGGUUACUAUGAGUCCUUGGGAAAUGUUAUAUUGAAGAGAUUUUUGCUGCUGGUUCUUAUUCUAGAUAGAGCUAAAUUGCAAAGCAGUCUUUCGUUAAAGUAUGGAAUUGAUGGAGUAGAUGGGGGUUCACCUCUCCUGUUCAUUGUUGACUUUUAUCUCUUUGAUGUAAAACCAGAUUUCUUAUCAUCAGAGGUAAUGCAUGGAGAAGGUAAUCUUCUUGCACAUCUAGUGAUUGUAGGUUACAAAGUAUCUUAUCAGCAGUGUUCUCUCGUUGAGUAUGACUUCAGAGUGACAGAUUUAUUUGCAGAGCUUCAAGAUGGAGUGAGGCUUUGUAGAGCCAUCCAGCUCUUACAAAAUGAAUCCUCUAUUCUUGUGAAAUUGAUGGUUCCAUCAGAUAGCUGCAAGAAACAUCUAGCAAAUUGUGGCAUUGCCUUGCAAUAUCUAAAGCGUGCUGGUGUACCAUUGCAAGAUGAAGAUGGAAUGACAAUCACAGAAGAUGAUGUUGCUAAUGGAGAUAAAGAGCUAACUGUUUCUUUGCUCUGGAACAUGUUUGUUCACUUGCAGCUGCCUCUUCUGCUCAACAAAACAACCUUAGCAAAUGAAAUUUUCAAAAUUCAUGAAGUUAAAAUGGACUCCUCAAACAACAUCAGUCCCAGUUCCUCUCCUUUGGAGUUGCUUUUGAGUUGGAUUCAGGCAGUUUGUGGAAAAUAUGAACAUGAAAUUGAUAACUUUGCUUCAUUGGUUGAUGGAAAAGCCAUAUGGUGUUUGCUUGACUAUUAUUUCCGUAAAGAACUUUCUUGUUCUUAUUCUUCAAAGGAUCCUCAUGAAAGUAGAGGCGAAGAAUCACUUAUGUCAGCUAUUGACUAUACAGAUGCAGUCCACAAUUUUUUAUUAUCACAGAAGCUGACAACAUUACUGUGGAAUUUUCCUGAGGUUCUUCAUAUCAGCGACAUUCUUGAACAUAAUGGUGCAAUUAAUCAUCGAAGUGUGGUAGUUUUAUUGGUGUUUCUCUCAUCACAGUUGACUGUGAAGAAAACUAUGACGAGAAAUUCUAGUGUUGGAAGGUGUUCUGUGAUCUCCGAAUCAGAGCUGGAUCAAGACAUAAUAGAUGGCUCCAGUACAGAAGAAGCUGCUAUAAAGUUUAGGGCUAUUAAGGCUUGGUGGCAAGAUAUGGCAGAACGAAACAACAAAUUCAUCACAAAACCUGGUACUUCUAUUUUGGAGUGCAACUCAACUAGCGAUUCGGGGAUCAUCAUUCAAAGAGAAAGGUGGAACCAAUCUGAAAACCUAGGGAGUUAUGUCAAGUUCAUUGUUGACAGGCAUAGAUUUGUCAAGCUAAGAAAAGCAGUUAUUCUCAUCCAGAAAGCCAUGAGGAUUUGGACCAAACAAAGGCAUAAAAAUGAUUGCGUUAGUAAUCUUAAUGUAUCCAAUCUUGAUCUAGUCAAUGCUGCCAUUGUUGUUCAGAAAUUCAUUCGUGGUUGGGCAGCAAGGUCUAGGUAUAUUGCUGUUCGGUUGGAAAAGGCUUCGUCCAUGUACCAAUUUGAUGAUCUUACGGUUCAGCUUUCUUCAAAGACAGUAAUUUACAGGUCCCUCCAUGACCAGCAGGUUGCUGCUACUAAAAUUCAAAGUGAUUUCCGAGGUUGGCUGUUGAGAAGGACAUUUUUAACCCAGAAGCAAGCUAUGAUGAAAAUUCAAAGUAAUUACAGACGCUUAAGAUGUCGGAGGGUUUUUCAACAAUUUAGGAUUGCUAAAAAGUCAGCCAUUGUUAUUCAAUCUUAUGUUCGUGGAUGGAAUGUAAGGAGAGAAGUGGGAAGAUAUAGACAACCUUUACCUGAAGUAAUAAGUAGUAUUUUUAAGUUCUUUUUUGUGCAAAUGAAUCCAGAGAUACUGCCGAGGAAGGCAUUUAGUUCUCGCAAACAUGCUACGAUUGAAAUCCAACGGUUUGUCAGGGGACACAUUGCUCGAAAUAGGCUAUUAGGGGCUUCUCACUUUUCUGGAGGCAUUGCUUGUUAUGGAAAUUUUCUAACCUCAGGAGUUUGCUUACAGAGCUUGCAACUGAAAGCAAUUAUGUCUUCGGUUCUGAAACUACAAAGGUGGUGGAGAGGCAUUCUAUUGCUUAAACUCAGAAGAAAGUCUGCAGUUGUUAUACAAGCUCAUAUUCGAGACCUCAAGAGUCUGCUUGCAAAGCUUGGAAUUGAAAAUAGUGAUGUCUUCUAUUCUGAAGCUGCAAAGGUGGUGGAGAGGCAAAAGGCCUGUAGAGAGAGGCAACGUGUUGUUGUGGUUCAAUCGUACUGGAAAGGUUACCUUGCACGUAAAAAAGCUAGAGGGCAACUCCUGGAUUUGCGCCUAAGAGUGCGAAAUUCUGCUAAACAUGUGGAUGACAGCAUGCGUAUAAUUAACAGACUCAUAGUAGCACUUUCUGAACUAUCAAGCAUGAGAAGUAUUAGUGGCAUUCUUCACACUUGUGCAACUUUGGUAGCAUGGGAAUCAAAUGAUAUGGCUACAGAACACUCUCAGAAAUGUUGUGAGAAACUUGUGGCUGCUGGGGCGAUUGAAAACUUACUGAAGCUGAUUCGGUCAGUCAGCCAAAGCAUGCCUGACCAGGAGGUUUUAAAGCACGCCCUCUCAGUUCUCAGGAAUCUUGCCCGUUAUCCACAUUUGAUUGAAGAACAAGGAGGAAGGAUAUUUCAUUGCUUCAGAGAUUAUGAAGAAGAUCUGUUCAAAUCAGAAAGGUGUAGAAAUGGUGCUAAAGAAACCUGCCCUCAUAAAGAGGUUACGCAGUCUUGUGGAAGAAUUAACAAGGAAGGCAAACUUCGAGAAGAAGAAACCUCGCGGCGUGGCUGUGAGAGAGAACAUAGAAAGAAGAUUAUGCGAGGCUAUCAAUCUCUUAAAACUGAUAAAUCGAUAGUCAGACUCGGAUGCAACUUACGCCUGGCAGAGGACAAGUUGGAGUUAGAGCACAGCAAUGUUGUGAUCCUUCAUCUGCCUCAUGGAUGCCAUAAAAAUGCUGCGAGGGGACCAAAAACCACUUGA